ACAGUGUAUAAAUCCCAUGUUGCACUGGUUAAGUUUUUCUCUCUUUCAGCAGUUGUUCAAAGAGAAAGAAAAAAACACAAACUCAUGAAAAGAAGAAACAGUGAGAUGAAGAUCAUCACGGUGCUCUCCACAGUUUUACUAGGAUGUCUCUUGGUCAUCACUGUCCAAGGGGUUUCUUCAGUUCCAACAGGUACGGUAGAGUACAAAAACAAACUUGGAGUUGCUGCUCAAGAGGAAGCAUUUGUGAGAAGUGAAGGUGGCCAUGUGAGGAAGAUAGGAGUUGGGGGAAAGAAAUUUAGCAGAGAGGAAGUGAAAUAUGUUGCAGAUGGAGAGGCUUCAAAGAUUUCAGGUGCAACCUAUUCUGAUGGAAUAUGUAACGAUAAUGAUGGUUUGAAGCCUUCUGAAUCAUCACCAGAUCAAAACAAUGAGGCUCAGAAGCCAAAACAAUAUUUGAAAUCCUCCAAAUUUGUUAUCCGAAGGAGUGUUUUCAGCAGCACGAACCCGAAGUCAUGUUCACAAGAUUGCAAUUCUGUGGCACCUAAAUCCGACUUAGGAAGUUUCUCAAAUCCUGAACAAGGAAUUUCUGAAGAAGCAGCAAAAAGUAGUGGUGAAAAAGACGAGACACAGAGAUUUUCUGAGGCUGCAAAAGAGAUUGCAAGUCUGAUAUAUAAGGAUUAUAAGGGAAAACCAAGUCACAGGCCACCAAUCAAUAACCAAGAGCCUAGAAAUUGAGAUGAAGAGUAAUGACAUGGAUAUAUAUAUCUUGGUUUCACAGUUUUUGCACCAAGUUGUUGUGUUAAUUAGCAACUACCUGGUAUAAUGGCCUAGAUAUAUGUAUGAUAUAGGUUUUUGUUUUUUAGUU